AUUGAAUGAUGAAAGUAUGAGAGGACAUGAAGGAAGAAAGACCAAUUCAUGAAGAGUGAGAAACAGAAACUACCAUUUUCUAUUAUCUUGUGAAUGUGAAUGUGAGUGACUCUACACUUCUCUGCUUCCUCCCUGCCUCUUCAUUAAUGUCACCUCUUUCUCACAUUUUCCAAGGUGCUGUUCCCUUCUGCUACUGCCUCUUUCUUUCUUUCUUUCAUUCUUUUCUCCUUCCAUGUUUCACACCAAUUAUUUAUUUAUUUUUAAUUAACUAAGUUUUCAAAGUGUACUCCAAUCCUUCAUCAAAUUCUGUGCAUGAUGCUCCUCCAACUUGCUUCAAUCACAUAUUAUGUUUUGCUUCUUCCGUCUUUGUUUUUCAUGUUCAUCCCAACCACCUAUGAACUCCAAUCAGAUCAGACUCAAGCUUUGUUUCAACUCAGGAAAUUACUUGAAUACCCUUCCUCUUUGCAACCCUGGCAAAAUUACAAUGCUGACCUCUGCACCCUUUUUUCAUCCCCAAAUUUGACCGUUAAAUGCGACCAUGAUUCAGUAACGGAGCUCAAAAUCAUGGGUGAUAAAUCUCUCAAGCCAUCAACUUUUGAUGGAUAUUCUAUUCCCAAUCAUACACUUAGCCUGAAUUUCUCCAUUGAUUCAUUUUUCACCACACUAACAAGGUUAACGAGUUUAAGGGUUCUUAGCUUAGUGUCCUUAGGGUUAUGGGGGCCACUACCUGAAAUAAUUCACCGUUUGUCUUUGCUUGAGGUUUUGGAUUUGAGUUCAAAUUUCUUGUUUGGUGCUUUACCACCAAAAAUAUCCACCAUGGUAAAGCUUCACACUGUAACACUUGAUGGAAAUUACUUUAAUGCCACUCUGCCUGAUUGGUUUGGCUCUUUCUCUAAUCUAACAAUGUUGAGUUUGAAGAGCAAUCAAUUCAAGGGUCAAUUCCCUGUUUCACUUUGCAAAAUUGAGACACUUGAAGUUAUUUCCAUGCCCCACAAUGAGUUGUAUGGUGAAUUGCCUGAUUUAACUGCUCUAACUGCUCUACAUGUUUUGGAUUUAAGGGAAAACAAUUUAGAUUCUCAACUACCAAUGUUCCCCAAAUCAGUAGUCACAGUUCUGUUGAGCAAUAAUUCCUUACAUGGAGAGAUUCCUAAGCAAUUUGGUGAGUUGGUUCAUCUUCAGCAUUUAGAUCUUUCAUCAAAUUACCUAAGCAGGGUGCCACCACCUUCCUUGUUCUCCUUGCCAAACAUUAGUUAUUUGAAUUUGGCAAACAAUGUGUUAAGUGGUUGCAUUCUGGGGAAGCUUACUUGUGGCGGCAAGCUCGGCUUUGUGGAUAUUUCUGGUAACAAGUUAAAUGGUGGACUACCUUCUUGCUUGGCCAAUACAUCUGAUAGUAGAGUUGUUAGAUAUGGUGGAAACUGUUUGUCUAUCGACAAUGCUGGUUCGCACGCUCAGCGGAGAGGGUCUUAUUGCGAAGAAUCUGGCUUGGGGUGGAAGAAAGUCAAGGCGUGGAAAGUAGCGGUGGUGGUGGCCAUGGUUGUUGGACUUGUGAUUGUGAUUCUUGUGUCUGGAGUUUUCAUGUGUAAAAAAUGUCAUCAGAUUCAGAGGAAGAUAAUUAGGCAUGACUUGUUGCCUAAGAUUCUCCAAGGAAACUCCACCACAGGGGUUUCCUCUGAAAUCCUUGCAAAUGCGAGAUUCAUUUCUCAAACAGUGAAACUUGGGUCGCAAACUACUACGACCUGUCGGCAGUUUUCAAUAGAAGAGUUGAAGGAAGCUGCAAGAAACUUUGACAUGUCAACUUAUGUUGGUGAAGGCUCCAUAGGGAAGCUUUACAAAGGUAAACUAGAGAACGGAUCCCACGUGAUGAUAAGAUCGUUGGCUCUGUCGAAAAAAUGCUCAAUUCAAAAUCUUAAAGCCCGGUUGGAUUUGCUCUCAAAGCUUCAACACCCAAAUUUGGUUAGCCUUUUGGGUCAUUGUAUUGAAUUCCAGGGACAUGAUGAUUCUAGUUCCAACAAACUCCAUCUUGUGUAUGAGUAUGUGCCAAAUGGAAAUUAUCGGAGCUAUUUGUCAGAGUUUUCAUCAGGGAAGGCACUUAAGUGGUCUGAUAGACUUGCAAUUCUAAUUGGAGUUGCUAAAGCUGUGCAUUUCUUACAUACCGGUGUCAUCCCUGGUUGUUUCGAAAACCAGCUAAAGACAAAGAAUGUUUUACUUGAUGAGCAUCACAUUCCAAAAUUAAGUGACUAUGGAAUCGCGAUCAUUCGAGAAGAAAUAGACAAGCAUGAGGCAAAGGGAGAGAAACUAAAAUCAUGCCAGAGGACAAAGAUGGAGAGUGAUGUUUAUAAUUUUGGGUUCAUAUUGCUCGAAUCACUUGUUGGACCGAUAGCAAGCGAUAAAGGAGAAACAUUCUUUGUAAAUGAAAAGGCUUCCUUUGGCAGUCAAGAUGGUAGAAGAAAGAUUGUGGAUCCAUUAGUACUGACCACUUGCUCUCAAGAGUCAUUGUCAAUUGCAAUAUCUAUAACAACGAAAUGCAUAUCGCCGGAAUCUUCAUCCCGUCCCUCUUUCGAGGAUGUUCUAUGGAACUUGCAGUAUGCUGCUCAAGUUCAAGCUACUUCAGAGGCGGAUCAAAAAUCAGAUUCAAACAUGAUAGGUCCAAGUUUGUAGGACUCACAUUACCAUAACUUAAGGUAAAAUAGUGAUGCAUGAUGUCAAUCUCAGUGCAAAUGUAAAGGAUAUAGUUGUAAAAAUGUUUCCUCCUGUUUCUUCAGGUUUUUCUAGAUUAUGAUAGAGCUUUGUUAUAUAGGAUUCAUACAAGUUUUUAGGGACUAGAAAAGUAGGAGAAUUCAAGAAUUUGAACAAGGACUGGUAGGUUGAAGGUCCUAACGACAGUGUAUUUCUAAUAUUGGUGUGCUUAUGUUGAAAAAUAAAUUGUAUAUUUAUCAUAU